UGAGACAGUAGUUCUCAGCUGAGAACAAAGUCUGAGGACACAAACGAGUAACGUUAUAUUUUAGGAAGGUGAAAGCGUUUUUUUUUUCUUUUUUUUUUGGAGAUCCAAGUUCGUCCUGCAGCAACUCAGAAAUGCGUCAUCAACAGCAGCUGCGCUGUAGUUUUAACUAGAGCGUGCGGUUGCUAGGAAACAGUUGUUUCAUUGUCGGGGGGUCUAUAAUACGUAUAUAUUGAGCGAAAGAACAGAGAAUAAAAUAUCCAAAAUAUAGAGGAAACAAACAGUGUCAAAGACUGACAAAAGUUAAGAUGUCGGGCGCGUUUUCUUCUCCCGCGAGGAACGGAAUGUUGACAGCUCCGCCUGUUGAAGCUGUUAAUGACCUGCCUCAGAAUUCAGAACACAAACCUGAGCAGACUGACAUGCUCACCAGUAACACUGACACUAACACAGACACGGACACGGAAGCAGGCAGUACCUUAGACACUGACAGUGAAACAGAGUGUGACUUGGACACAGAGAGACACACAGAUAGUCCUGGAUGCGCUGGACAGACUGAUGCUGACAACAACGAUAAUGUCACACAAAGUGACACACUUAGAGAGACAGAGACAGAUACAAGCACAGACAGACAGCCCAGAACUAAAGGAGACCUCCACAUACGCUCUGUGCUGGAAUGUGGGCGUGAGGUGAUGGUCUGCCAGUUCAACAAUGAAGGUACUCUUCUGGCAGUUGGACUCAGUGAUGGGACUAUUAAGGUUUACAGUAUAGACAGUGGCAGCCUUGUGCAAACCCUGAAGGACAGAGACAGCAUUCUGUCUCCUCUUCCUGUCACAGCGCUACGAUUCUCUGUUAGCCUCCAAUCUCACAGCCUCCUGCUGGCCACAUGUGAGCACUGCAUAUGCUAG